AUGCUUUACUCCGUAACAGUUAUCUUAAUCCUCUGUGCCAUUCAUGUUAAUUCAAAGGAACAUGUCACAUGUGAUAGAAAAUACACUCCUAUUGGUUGCUACCAAACCUAUAAUGGUGCUCCUACAAUGACUUUACUUAUCAACGAUAGAGAUACAACCAGUGAAGCACAUCAAGGUCACCAGAUUGACUGGAGAAAUUUUGGCGCAUCAAUGCACAGCUUGGCUUGUCGCUGCUCAGAAAAGGCAAAAUCCUUAGACUACAUAUAUUUCUCCAUUCGCUUUUACGGUGAAUGUUGGGGUGGUAAAGAUUAUACUGAUUUUGAAAAAUUUCUUGUUGGCGGUUGGGAGUCGUCUGAGUGCAUCAAUGCCUUGUUUGCUUCAUGUGACGGUAAAGUGGAUACAGAAUGUGCUGGAAAAGGGAACGCAGCUUAUAUUUAUAAGAUAGGAAAAGAGAAAGAAGACACGGAUGUCGAUGGUGGAUUGUCAGAAUGGACGGAGUGGACCAAAUGUAGCACUUCGUGUGGUACAGGCAUUAUCGCAAGAGAGCGAACAUGCGCUAACCCAGUACCUAAGGGAAAGGGUAAACCAUGUGAUGGCGAACUAACUGAAAGCAAACCUUGCUUGAUUAAAGAAUGUCCCAUUGAUGGAGGUUUUACAGAAUGGAGUGAUUUUACACUGUGUACAAAGUCUUGUGGUGGAGGAAGUAAAACACGCACCAGAUCUUGUACAGACCCAGCUCCGCAACAUGACGGAAAAGAAUGCAUUGGACCAGUUUUAACAUCACAGAGCUGCAACACAAAUAAAUGUCCAAUUGAUGGAGCUUUUAGCUCAUGGAGUGAUUUCUCAGAGUGUUCUCUCACCUGUGGAGGAGGAACACAAUCUAGAAACCGCUCAUGCACAAAUCCUACACCUCAACAUGGUGGUAAAAAUUGCACAGGAGAUAAAACACACUCACGAGAAUGCAACACCAUUCAUUGUCCAGUGGAUGGAGAUUAUGGUGACUGGAGUGAAUGGGCAGCUUGCAGUGCAUCGUGUGGUACAGGAGUGGCAUGGAGGACCCGGAAAUGUAAUAAUCCCUCCCCUGCACAUGGUGGUAUUCCAUGUUCCGACAUUUCAGACGAAUCUAGAUUAUGCAACGUACGAUCUUGUCCAAUUAACGGUGGCUUGUCGGAAUGGAGCAAUUAUUCAAAAUGUACGACAACUUGUGGAGGAGGAACACAGUCCAGAAGUCGUUCGUGCACAAAUCCGAAACCUCAACAUGGCGGUAAAAUCUGCCUUGGAGAACUUUUGCAAACACAGAGUUGUAGCAGCAUGCCUUGUCCAGUUGACGGUAAAUAUGGGGCUUGGUCACCUUGGGGUGCUUGUAGUCAAUCAUGUGGAAAUGGAACUAGUUCAAGAUCAAGACAAUGUAACCACCCUUCUCCUGCUUAUGGAGGGGCACCCUGCUCGGGUGUUUCUUCACAGACAAAGACAUGCAAUACACAACUAUGUCCAAUUGACGGCGGUUUGUCUGAAUGGAGCAGUUAUUCAAAAUGUACAGCAACGUGUGGAGGAGGAACACAAUCCAGAAUUCGUUCGUGCACAAAUCCAAAACCUGAACAUGGCGGUAAAAUCUGCCUUGGAGAACUUUUGCAAACACAGAGUUGUAGCAGCAUGCCUUGUCCAGUUAAUGGACAGUAUGGACAAUGGACGUUAUGGACUAAAUGUACCAAAUCUUGCGACACUGGAUCAGCCUCACGCACAAGAAAAUGUGAUAGCCCGUCUCCCCAACAAAGUGGAGAAGGUUGCAAGGGUCCAUCAUUGGAUACAAGAACGUGUAACUCGAUCCCUUGCCCAGUCGACGGACAAUAUGGCAGUUGGUCUUCUUGGAAAGUGUGCAGUCAGUCUUGUGGAACAGGUCUUACAUCAAGAUCCAGACGAUGCGACAGUCCUGCACCAGCACAUGGCGGUUCACCUUGCUCAGAUAAUUCCUCAGAGACAAAAUCUUGUAACACAUCACCAUGUCCAGUUGAUGGAGGAUACGGCACUUGGGGCGAGUAUACAACCUGUUCGAAAACAUGUGGAACAGGUAGUCAAUCAAGAAGCAGAAGAUGUAACAAUCCCGUUAGUCAGCACGGUGGAAAAGAUUGCUCCAGUCUUGGUCCAGCAAGUGAAAUGAGAGGCUGCAAUACAAAUAAGUGUCCAGUUGACGGUAAUUAUGGCGAGUGGUCAGAAUGGGAAAGUUGCAGCUUAUCCUGUGGAAGCGGUUACUCGACACGAUACAGAAACUGUGAUAACCCUCCACCUGCUUUUGGUGGUAAACAAUGCAGUGGAGAUUCAUCAGAAACCAAAUCAUGCUCAAUUCGUCCAUGCCCUAUUGAUGGUAACUAUAGUCCUUGGAGUGAAUAUAGCACAUGUUCAAAAACAUGUGGCUCUGGCAAUCAAACGCGAAGCAGAACUUGUGAUGAUCCUGCGCCGCAAUAUGGUGGCAAAGAUUGCUCUAGUUUAGGAAAAGCAGCUGAAACAAGAUUAUGCAAUACCGAGAAGUGUCCAGAACCAUGGAGUAAAGAAAAAACAGUCCGUGUAUGUGAGAACCAAUACUUGAACAUAAACUGCGGUAUAGGGGGACGAAUUUUCAUUGAUUACGCAUGCUUUGGUCGUCUCUCGACACGAUAUUGUGGAUGGAGUCCUUAUUACAGUACAAGCUGUCGUGCUGGUUCAUCACACAUACAGACAAUCGCGAGAUGUAACAACAAACAGUAUUGUUCUGUGAGGGCCAGCGUAUCUAUAUUUGGAGAUCCCUGUCGAGGUACUGCGAAGUAUCUUGAGGUUAAAUACAGAUGCAACACACUAUCUACUUUGCAGCCAGAGGUAGCUAAAGAGCUAGGUCUGCCUACCAUACCCCAAUGUCUACCCAUCCUCGCCUCCCCAAUGGAUUUUGGAGCCCCACAAAAGUCUACUGUGCAACAAGGGCUUUGGGAUAUCACAACUACUGCUGACAAUCCUACUUACAAUAGAAUAAAUUCAAAUAGACUGACCUUUACAAUGUGGCUACCUGUGGUUUUAGUCGCCUGUUCUCUGGUACAAGCGUAUACUAAAGAACAUGUUACAUGCGAACGUGACUACAAGAAGAUUGGUUGUUUCCAUGUUAAUAAGGGUCACACAAAGAGACCUGGAGUUGAGAACAUGAAAAUGAUUGUGAAUGAUCGAGAUCCAUCUAGUCCACAUUAUCAAGGCUACAUGAUCAACUGGCGUGAAUUUGGAAAGUCUGUUCACAGUCUUGCAUGCCGAUGCGCCAAAAAAGCCAGAGAAAUGGGCUACUCGUAUAUAUCAAUUCGAUUUUGGGGUGAAUGCUAUGCUGGCAAAUCCUUUUCUGAAAUUGAAAGCCUUCUCACUGACGUGAACUGGAAAUCAAGUCAGUGCUCCAAUCCAAAAUUUGAAUCAUGUGAUGAUUCAGCCGAACACGAAUGUGCUGGCAAGUCCCGAGCUGAUUACAUCUACACAGUAAAGGAAGAAAAAACAGAUACUGACGUUGAUGGUGGAGUUUCUGAUUGGUCAGAAUGGAGUGGCUGCGGCAUUACCUGUGGCGAAGGCAUCGAAGAAAGGGAAAGAACAUGCACAAAUCCUCUUCCAAAAGGAAAUGGAAAACCUUGCGAGGAAAUUUUAAGUGAAACAAGAGCCUGCAGCUUGCCAUCAUGCCCAGUCAAUGGAGGAUUUACAUCAUGGGGAGAAUACGGUACCUGCACAGCAACGUGCGGUGGUGGAAGCAUGACACGUACAAGAAGCUGCACUAACCCUGCUCCAGAAAACGGAGGGGAGGAAUGUAACGGCCCAGUUUCAGAGUCAGCAGAAUGCGGAAUGGAUCCCUGUCCAGUUGAUGGUGGAUACAGUACGUGGUCAUCUUACAGUACCUGCUCAGCAGAGUGUGGUGCAGGUACACAAGUUCGCUCACGAGAAUGCAACAACCCUGCGCCCGCACAUGGAGGAAAAACAUGUGAUGGACUUGGUCUUAAGGAGGAGUCAAGAACAUGUAAAAUUAAAGAAUGUCCAGUUGACGGUGGCUUUGAUCAAUGGAGUAAUUUUAGUCCAUGCACAAAGACAUGUGGUGGUGGAAGUCACGUACGUGUGCGCAUGUGCACCAAACCAGUUCCAGCACAUGGUGGUAAAAACUGCGUAGGAGAGACACGGCAAGUUGAAGAAUGCAACACCGACCCCUGUCCAGUUGAUGGUGGUCUUUCUUCAUGGUCUGCUUACUCGAGAUGUUCUAAAUUAUGCGGUGGAGGAAGUAAAGAACGAAGAAGGACAUGCACUAACCCCGAACCAGCUAAUGGUGGCAAAAACUGCGUUGGUGCUUUGAGUGAAUCUGCUUCUUGCGGAACUAACCCAUGUCCAGUCAAUGGUAAUUAUGGAAAUUGGGGAGCAUGGUCAAGAUGUACUAAAACAUGUGGAUCUGGAACACAAAAACGAAACCGAGCUUGCAAUAACCCUGCUCCCAAAUAUGGUGGCAAAGCAUGUGUUGGCAAGUCAUCUGAAACACGAUUUUGUAACACCAAACGUUGUCCAGUCAAUGGUGGAUGGAGCGCGUUCGGUAAUUACGGACCAUGCAAUAACAAAUGUGGUGGUGGAAUUCAAAAGAAAAUGAGAUACUGUUCAAAUCCAACUCCAAAAUAUGGAGGCAAAGGAUGUCCUGGCUUAAACACUAUGAUCAGAACUUGCAAUCUUCACAAAUGUCCAGUUGAUGGUGGUUACAGCAGCUGGGGCGCCUUCAGUCGAUGCUCUAAAUCAUGCGGAGGAGGGACUCGCUCUAGAACUAGAAGUUGUACAAAUCCAACUCCUAAAUAUGGUGGACGAAGCUGUAGCAGAUUGGGUGCAUCAAGGGAAACGCAACGCUGCGGCACAGGAGCUUGCCCAAUUCCAUGGAGUGGAUACAAAACAGCAAGAGUUUGUGAACAUCACACAAUGCACCUUAACUGCGGAAGUGGAGGACGUGUCUACAUCCACUCGGCAACCUAUGGUAGAAAAUCACGAUCGUACUGUGGAAAUAUCUUCUGGUACAGUACCAACUGCCGGUCAGGAUCAUCCCAUCAUCAUGUUGUGGCCAGGUGCAACAACAGGCAAUCAUGCAGUGUGACGGCAACCAAUAGUAUCUUUGGUGAUCCAUGUUGGGGAACUGUCAAAUACUUAGAAGUAACCUACAGAUGCAGAGGUGGACCAUACGCUGUAUUACAGCAGAUUAACUAUCAUUUAAAAAUGUAUUAUAACUUAAAAUAUUGGAUAUCGAGGUUCACAGGAAACAAAGAUAAUAUUUUACAGAAAUGUGCGACAAGGCAACCUUAUAAAGUUAUUAUUGAUGCGACUUUUUGCACAGACUGGCCUCUACAGUUAAUGUGGCUACCUGUGGUCGUAGUCACCUGCUCUCUGUUACAAGCGUAUGCUAAGGAACAUGUUACAUGCGAACGUGACUACAAGAAGAUUGGCUGUUUUCAUGUUUCCAAGGGUAGUACAAAGAGACCUGGAGUUGAGAACAUGAAAAUGAUAAUAAAUGAUCGAGAUCCAUCUAGCCCACACCAUCAAGGUUACAUGAUCAACUGGCGAGAAUUUGACAAGUCUGUACACAGUCUUGCAUGUCGAUGUGCCAAAAAAGCCAGAGAAAUGGACUACUCGUAUAUUUCCAUUCGAUUUUGGGGUGAAUGCUAUGCUGGCAAAUCAUUCUCCGAAGUUGAAAGUCUUCUCACUGACGUAAACUGGAAGUCAAGUCAGUGCUCGAACCCACAUUUCCAAUCAUGUGAUGAUUCAGCCGAACACGAAUGUGCUGGCAAAUCCCAAGCUGAUUACAUCUACACAGUAAAGGAAGAAAAAACAGAUACUGACGUUGAUGGUGGACUCUCUGAUUGGUCAGAAUGGAGUGGCUGCGGCAUCACCUGUGGCGAGGGAAUCGAAGAAAGGGAGAGAACCUGUACAAAUCCUAUUCCAAAAGGAAGUGGAAAACCUUGCGAGGGAAUGUUAAGUGAAACAAGAGCCUGUAGCUUGCCAACAUGCCCAGUCAACGGAGGAUUUACAUCCUGGGGAGAAUACGGUGCCUGCACAGCAACGUGCGGUGGUGGAAGCAUGACACGUACAAGAAGCUGCACAAACCCUACUCCAGAAAACGGAGGGGAGGAAUGUAACGGCCCAGUUUCAGAGUCGGCAGAAUGCGGAAUGGAUCCCUGUCCAGUUGAUGGUGGAUACAGCAAGUGGUCAUCCUACAGUACCUGCUCAGCAGAGUGUGGUACAGGUACACAAGUUCGUUCACGAGAAUGCAACAACCCUUCGCCCGCACAUGGAGGAAAAACAUGUGAUGGACUUGGUCUCAAGGAAGAGUCAAGAACAUGUAAAAUUAAAGAAUGUCCAGUUGACGGUGGCUUUGAUCAAUGGAGUAAUUUUAGUCCAUGCACAAAGACAUGUGGUGGUGGAACUCACGUGCGUGUGCGCAUGUGCACUAAACCAGCUCCAGCACAUGGUGGUAAGAACUGCGUAGGAGAGACACAACAAGUUGAAGAAUGCAACACUGACCCUUGUCCAGUUGAUGGUGGUCUUUCUUCAUGGUCUGCUUACUCGAAAUGCUCUAAAUCAUGCGGUGGAGGAAGUAAAGAACGAAGAAGGACAUGCACUAACCCCGAACCAGCUAAUGGUGGUAAAAACUGUGUUGGUGCUUUGAGUGAAUCUGCUUCUUGCGGAACUAACCCAUGUCCAGUCGAUGGCAAAUAUGGAACAUGGGCAGCAUGGUCAAAAUGUACUAAAACAUGUGGAUCUGGAACACAAAAACGAAACCGAGCUUGUAAUAACCCUGCUCCCAAAUAUGGUGGCAAAACAUGCGUUGGCAAAUCAUCUGAAACAAGAUUUUGUAACACCAAACGCUGUCCAGUUAACGGUGGAUGGAGCGCGUUCGGUAAUUACGGACCAUGCAAUAACAAGUGUGGUGGUGGAAUUCAAAAGAAAAUGAGAUACUGUUCAAACCCAACUCCGAAGUAUGGAGGCAAAGGAUGUCCCGGAUUAAACACCAUGAUCAGAGCUUGUAAUCUACACAAAUGUCCAGUUGAUGGUGGUUACAGCAGUUGGGGUGCCUUCAGUCGAUGCUCAAAAUCAUGCGGAGGAGGGACUCGCUCUAGAACUAGAAGUUGUACAAAUCCAACUCCUAAAUAUGGUGGACGAAGCUGUAGCAGAUUAGGUGCAUCAAGGGAAACACAACACUGUGGCACUGGUGCUUGUCCAAUUCCAUGGAGCGGAUACAAAACAGCAAGAGUUUGUGAACACCACACAAUGCACCUUAAUUGCGGAAGUGGAGGACGUGUCUACAUCCACUCGGCAAACUAUGGAAGAAGAUCACGAGCGCACUGUGGAAAUAUUUUCUGGUAUAAUACCAGAUGCGGUUCAGGAUCAUCUCAUCAUAAUGUUGUAGUCAGAUGCAACAACAGGCAAUCGUGCAGUGUGAAGGCAACCAAUAGUAUCUUUGGUGAUCCAUGUUGGGGAACUUACAAAUACUUAGAAGUAACCUACAGAUGCAGAGGUGGACCAUACGCUGGUUAAAUAACUACUGCGCAGAGAAACAGCAAAAACUUGUAUUAUAUUUAUCUCUGUGUAAAAAGAACAAACUAAAGGA